AUGGUUUACUACGAUAUUGCUACGCGCGCUCAAGCGCUUACUCUCAAGCUUAUAAUCCAGCUCGAUAAUAGGCAGAUUGAAGCGAUUACCGGCAUCAAGCCCCGCGCUCUCAACAACCUCGCUAACAGAGCUCUUGAACGUGGCUUCGAUCCAAACGGCUCCCGCCCUAUUAUCCUCGACGAACACGUCCGCGAUGCUCCAAAGACUGGCCGUUCCUCGAAGCAAGGCGAUAAGAAGGAAGCG